GCAUGUAGAUCAGAGCCGGGGCUGGGCAGAACAAGCCAGCCGGUGGCAGCCCCAGAAGCCCCUGUGAGCUGAAGAAAAGGACCUUUAUGCUUUUCAGAAAGAAGCUCACUCUGCAAGGCUGAGGAAACAAAGGGAAGAAUUGUGUGACACGUUAGUCCAGACAUCUCAAACCAACAGUUCCCGGCCGCUCACUCUGGGACGGGAUGAUAUCCUCACUUCUCUUGAGGUCCUGUCUUCCCUCUGCCAUAAGGAAUAUACUCAAGGCAGCACCCAUCAGAAACUCAUCCAGCAUGAUGGAAGGGCUCCAGCCAGCUAGUGUGGUGGUCCUGCCCAGAUCCCUAGCACCAGCCUUUGAGAGCUUCUGCCAGGGCAACCGUGGUCCUCUGCCCCUACUUGGCCAAAGUGAGGUGGAGAAGACCCUACCCCAGCUGAACACUGUUCCAGGCAUAAGGAGCAUCUGUCCACAGUUUGAGAAAUACGAGUUUGGCGCCUGCACAGGCCUCCUGACCUCGCUGGAAGAGUACUCAGAGCAGCUAAAGGACAUGGUUACCUUCAUCAUGGACUGCAGCUUCUCCAUAGACGAGGCCUUGGAACAGGCAGGGAUCCCCAGAAGAGACCUAACAGGUCCCAGCCACGCAGGAGCAUACAAGACAACGGUGCCAUGUGGCACGAUUGCUGGCUUCUGCUGCCCUCUGGUGGUCACAAUGAGACCCAUUCCCAAGGACAAGCUGGAAAGGCUGUUGCAGGCUGCUCACUCCAUGGGAGGAUGGCAAGGACAACCCAUCCACAUUGGUGACCCAGAACUUUUGGGAAUCAAGGCACUCUCCAAACCUGACUACGGGAGUUAUGUGCAGUGUCGGCCCGAGGACGUCCCAGUGUUCUGGCCUUCUCAGCUGACCAGUCUGGAGGCAAUCAUCGGCUGCAAGGUCCCAUUGGCUUUCUCCAGCCCUCCGGGAUGCACGGUGACGCUCCCAAAGGACACGGUGUCUCCAGCUAGUUGUCUGACUCCUGAGAUGGUUCCAGAAGUCCACAGCAUUUCCAAAGACCCUUUGCAUUAUAGCAUAGUGUCAGCCCCUGCUGCUCAAAAGGUCAGAGAACUAGAGUCCACAAUCGCCAUAGACCCAGGUAACCGAGGAAUCAGCCACCUACUACUUAAAGAUCAGUUGCUGCAGUCUGCUCUGUCACUGUCUCAUGCCCGCUCCGUACUGGUCACCACUGGAUUCCCAACACAUUUCAAUCAUGAGCCCCCAGAAGAGACAGAUGGCCCACCAGGAGCCAUCGCCUUAGCCGCCUUCCUACAGGCUCUGGGGAAAGAGACCGCCAUGGUGGUAGACCAGAGAGCCUUGAACUUGCAUAUGAAGAUUGUUGAAAACGCCGUUAAGCAAGGGGUUCUGAAGACACCAGUCCCCAUAUUAACUUACCAAGGAAGAUCCAUGGAAGAUGCUCAGGCCUUUCUGUGCAAAGAUGGGGACCCCAAGUCUCCUAGAUUUGACCAUCUGGUGGCCAUAGAGCGUGCCGGGAGGGCUGCUGAUGGCAAUUACUACAACGCAAGGAAGAUGAACAUCAAGCACUUAGUUGACCCCAUUGAUGACCUUUUCCUUGUCGCACAGAAGAUUCCUGGAAUCUCAUCAACUGGCGUCGGUGACGGAGGUAACGAGCUUGGGAUGGGCAGAGUGAAGGAGGCCGUGAAGAAGCACAUUAGAAAUGGAGACGUCAUUGCCUGUGAUGUGGCGGCCGACUUUGCUAUCAUUGCUGGUGUUUCUAACUGGGGAGGCUAUGCCCUAGCCUGUGCACUAUACAUUCUGAACUCAUGUCAAGUCCAUGACCGUUACCUGAGGAAGGCAACCGGACCUUCCAGGGGAGCUGGGGAAGAGAGAUGGAUUCAGGCCCUGCCAUCUGUCACUAAGGAAGAAAAAAUGUUGGGCAUCCUGGUCCAGAACCAAGUCCGGAGUGGAGUCUCAGGUGUCGUGGGCAUGGAAGUUGAUGGGCUGCCCUUCCAUGAUGUUCAUGCUGAGAUGGUCCAGAAGCUAGUGGAUGUCACCACAGGCCACAUGUGACCAGCUGUGCUGUUUGUAUUCAGAGUCCCUGCCCGAUGCCAGCCUUUGUCUAGGCAGGAGUUCCAGAGGCAUCGUUCUACCUAUCCUUCCUCCUGGCUUCUUCAGGCCACCCUGUGCUCUGCUAUGACACUCUUUCUGCCUCUCACUUAAGAGAUAAUCCUGUAACAGUUAACUGUAGGGCAGUAGUGGUGCACACCUUUAAUCCCAGCACUUGGGAGGCAGGGGCAGAGGCAGGGGGAUCUCUGUGAGUUCCAGGACAGCCAGGCCUGUCUCAAAAAAGAGAAAAAAAGAAAAAAAAAGGCAUCACCAUGACCUUGGCUAAUUGAGAAAGGAUAGAGAGCUCACACACAGAAUGUUGGGUUAAAACACUGGGGUUCGUACUCACCACCACCAGCAAAACUGUUACAUCUAUGCAAUGUUUUUUUUUCCUAAUAGUCAUACAUUUACUGUUUGAAGGGAUCGCCCACAAGAUCCCUCCAGACAUCACAUCCUCCGGUCCCUCACCCCCAUUCACCUCAACAUUUCUUACACAAACUUCCUGCCUGCCUAUUCAUACAUCUAGCCGGAUUCUUUGUCCUCUUUGUGGGGGAAGGAAGCCAUACUUUCUAGUAGAGCCCAAAGGUGAGUCAGACCUCCCCAGGGCUCAGGCAGACAAGCUCACCCUGAUCUUUCGCAACCUCCAAACCUACAUUUCUCAACAAAAUCAGAAACUGAGCCACUGGCCAGGCCCCGUUACACGUUUAGUCCCGACAUCAUGAUGGCAUCUCGUGUGGGAUCUGAGCCUAUGUAGUAUUGUUUCAUGUCUUUACACGUGUCUGGUGUGGUUCUUUAAGGGGCCUUCAUUGUGAGGAAGGAACACAUGGCAUAGAUUUUACACUCCAAUAAAGCCUAAGUGUAAAGAGAAAAGUCUUUAGAUGAACUUCUAGCGUCUGUUCUCUGUUUGCUCUUCUGGCCAGGAUUCACGCCUGCAGGGUUCACACUUGCAGGAUCCGUGCCUGUGCUGUGGAAGACACUCAAAAUGAAGGCUAGUCUUCCGCCCGAGACCUCACACCUCGGCAAACACAUCUUGGCUCUGCAGCCUCACUCCCCAGGUCUCUCUGAGUUAUCAUUUUUGUUAAUUCCACACUGAGGGGGUAGGGGACUCUGGUAAAGAGGAUACCCUGACAAUUAAAAAAAAAAAGGAUGACUACGAUACUA